UCCAGAGAGCUAGAAGCCACCGGGCAAGGCGAGGAGUGAGGGAACCGCUGGCCGGCCAGCCCAGCCCUCUUUGUACGGCUCCCGCCUGGGUUCCAGGAGGAACUGGCAGUCUUGGUGGGGGUUCCAGCACGGAAAUGCACAGCGCUCGGCUUGACAGCUUCCUCAGCCAGCUCCGCUGGGAACUGCUGUGUGGCCGGGACACAGGUUCACCCCCAAUGCCUGGUCCUCUACAACCAACCCCCAAAACAGGCCUGGGUGUGCGGCCCAGCCACCAGCUUAGGGCCUCAGAUGCCUUGGAAGAGGACUCUGUCUGCUGUGUGGAAGAAGAGGAAGAGGAAGCAGUGGUGACAAAAGACAGGGGUGCAGCCUUAGGGGGCCCCAGAGAACAUGCACUGGACUGGGACUCUGGCUUCUCUGAGGUAUCAGGCAGCACAUGGCAAGAAGAAGAGCUGCCUGUAUCCCAGCACCCAGCACCCCCAGCAUGGCCCACUCAUAACCAACGCCUCUCUUUCAGUGGGCUCCCCCUUCCCAGCAGGGCCCCUGUAGCCAGGGCACCACCUGUACACCGUCCACGCCCCAAGUCCACUCCAGAUGCCUGCCUGGAGCAUUGGCAGGGACUGGAAGCAGAGGACUGGACAGCAGCUUUACUGAAUAGGGGUCGUAGUCGCCAGCCCCUCGUGCUGGGGGACAACUGUUUUGCUGACUUGGUGCACAACUGGAUGGAACUGCCUGAGACAGCCAGUGAAGGGGGGGAUAGAGGUGGGCACCGUGCCCGUGCUCGGCCCCCACAGUUCCUGCUUGGCCUCUCGGAGCAGUUUCGGCGCCGGCUGGCCAAGGCUCGUCGGGCAGCUAUCAUGGGAAAGCGUUUGUCAUGCCCUCCUUGCCCGGAACCCGAGCUGCCUGGGGACAUCUCACGUUUUGUAGCUCUCAUGAACUGCCGUAGCCGCCAGCCCAUCAUCUGCAAUGAUGUCAGCUACCUCUGACCCUGCCCUCCAUUCUGGGAUAAUAAAGGCCUUUUUCUAGAC